AUGGGUGGAAGAAGAGAGAGCCCCUACCAGUGCCCUAUUUCAGUUAUGCAGAAUAACACCAUUUGGAAGCCAGAUUCUUGCCAAGACUGCCGUUGCCACAGCAAUAUUGUCACCUGUGAACCUACCCUCUGCAAACACCCCCAGUGUGACUUUCAGAAGGGAGAAGUGCUCCAAAUAGCCUCCAAAAAGUGCUGCCCUGAGUGUGCCUCCAGAGCUGAAGGCUUUUGCCAGCAUGAAGGACAGAUCCACAGCCAUGGCACGCAGUGGGCCAGCUCUGGAUGUGUCCAGUGUUCCUGUGCCCAUGGGAAGGUGAACUGCACUCCCCCAGCCUGCCCAGCCCUCACGUGUGGACGAGGAGAGCUGCAGUACACUGCUGAGGGAUCCUGCUGUCCCAGAUGUGUGGGCCAUGGAGAGCCUUGCUCCUUUGAUGGACACUUGUUCCAGGACGGGGAGGACUGGCACUUUGGUCGGUGCUCCAAAUGCAUCUGCAGGGAUGGUGUGACUAAGUGCUUCACAGCGUCCUGCCAGAAUCUACUGUGUAGUAAGGAUGAAGUUAUGGUUACGCCUCCUGGAAAAUGCUGCCCAGAAUGUGUUCCAAAGCCCUGCUCGGUGUCAGGAAGAGUGUACCAGCAUGGUGAACAGUGGAGGAAAAAUGCCUGCACUGCAUGUGUUUGUUACAAGGGGGAAGUCAGAUGUCUGAGCGAGACCUGUGACUCUGUUACCUGUGAGAAGGGGGAAAACAAGGUGCAGCAUCCUGGGAAGUGCUGUCAGGAGUGUGUGCCUUCCAGGGGAAACUGCUUGUAUGACGACACUCUCAGGUACCAUGGUGAGAUGUGGAAUCGUACUUACUGUGACUUCUGCGUGUGUGAUCAAGGGCAAGUCACUUGUCAGGAAGCAGAGUGUGCCAAAGUGGAGUGUGCCAAGGGUGAAGAAUUAAUUCACUUAGAUGGGAAGUGCUGUCCUGAAUGUAUUUCAAGUCAUAGUUACUGUGUUUACAAAGAACAUACCAAAGCUAACGGAGAGAAAUGGGCAGAAGGGCCGUGCAGAGAAUGUGAAUGCCGGGAUGCAGAGGUGACCUGCUUCCAGCGCUCCUGCCCACCCUGCCCGCUGGGCAGCCUGGCUGUUGAGGUGAAGGAUGACUGCUGCCUGCACUGCAAGCCAGUUGAGUGCCACCCAGACUGCUUGACCUGCUCUCAUUCCUUUGAUCACUGUAAUGCCUGUCGUGACCCAAGGAAGCAGCUGCAGAAUGGGCGCUGUGUGGAGAUAUGUGAAUUGGGCUUCUACCAGGAUGGGGGUGCUUGCUUAGUCUGCAAUGAGUCAUGCUCAACCUGUACCAAUGGAUUUGAGUGCUCCUCAUGCCAGGCACCGCUGCUCAUGAGGAACAGGCAGUGUGUGACCUCGUGUGGAAAGGGAUACUUUCAGGAUCAGCGACUCUGCACAGCUUGUCACGAGUCCUGUUCCUCUUGCUGGGGUGCUGCUGAGAACAACUGCUUGGCCUGCAAAGACCCAUCACACAUGGUAAAAGCAGGGCUCUGCGUGGCCAGCUGUGGACGGGGAUUUUAUACCAAGGGUGGAAUCUGCAGUGCUUGUGACCAGUCCUGUGAAACAUGCUACUCAGACCAACCCAGAUGUUUGACCUGUGCUUCAGAUAAGUUCCUACAUGAUGGGAAGUGCAUUUCAGAGUGCCCGGCUGGCUAUUUCCCAAGUAGCCAUGGAAGAUGCAGAGCUUGUCAUGAUUCAUGCUCCACAUGUGAGGGAAGUCUGGCCACUCACUGCACCUCCUGUUCCUUUCCUCUGGUGUUGCGGUGGGGCCAGUGCCUGCAGAGCUGUGGAGAGGGUUUUUACCAGGAUCAUCAUGUCUGCAAGGGCUGCCACCCAUCCUGCCGCACCUGUGUUGGCCCGGGGGCCUCUCAUUGCCAGGAAUGCAGGGCACCAGGUGAUGUGCUGCAGCCUCACCAGCCUAUGGUAGGAGCCUUACAUGGCCUUUGCCUCUCUCACUGCCAAGCCCAGUUCUACAUGGACAACACAGGAGUCUGCAGAGAGUGCCAUCCCUCCUGUGCAGCCUGCGUGGGGAACACUUCCCAGGACUGCACGGCUUGUCUGUCUUCCCACGUCCUGCUUGAAGGCAGAUGCCUCUCUGAGUGCCCAGAGGGGUUGUUCAGCCACAAAGAUCACUGCUACUCCUGUCAUCCAUCCUGCAAGACAUGCCACGGCCCUUCUGAUCUGGAGUGCCUAACCUGCCAUCCCCACGCGACUCUAGCCAGUGGAAAGUGCAGGACUAGCUGCAAGGAAGAGCAGUAUCUCAACCUGGUGGGAUAUUGUGUGGACUGCCACCCUUUGUGCCGCCAGUGUGUGGCCAACCUGUGGGACACCGGCAGCAUCUGUCUGAAGUGCCAGAACGCCCGUCUCUUGCUCCUGGGGGAUCACUGCAUUCCUGAUUGUCCAGUGGGAUACUAUGCGGAGAAUGGUGCCUGCAAAAGGUGUCACCCCUCCUGUAAAACCUGCACUGGUGGGGGUCCCUUCGCCUGCUCUUCCUGCAACACCAGCCUGGUUCUCUCCCACACCGGCAUGUGCGUGCCAGUCUGCUCGCGGGGAUACUACAGGGAUGCCAGGCACACCUGCAGACCUUGCAACAGCCAGUGCCUGAGCUGUGAAUCAGCCACCAGCUGUACAUCUUGCAGAGAUCCAGCCAAGGUCCUGUUGUUUGGAGAAUGCCAGUACGAGAGCUGUGCACAGCAGUAUUACCUGGAUUUUUCCAGCAAGACUUGCAGAGAGUGUGACUGGAGCUGUAAUGCCUGUAAAGGUCCUCAUAGGACUGACUGCCUGCAGUGUAUGGAGGGCUACGUUCUCCAUGAAGGAGCUUGUGUGGAACAGUGCCCUGCAGCUUUCUACAAGGAAUCAGAGACAUGCCAGAGGUGUGAUCAACACUGCCUCCACUGUCGCCAAGCAGAUGAGUGCAGCCUUUGUGAAGCCCCAUUUUUCCUCUUGGACACUCAUUGUGUUCCCAAAUGUGGGAAACGAUACUAUCCAGACCAUGCACAGCGCAAGUGCACAGCUUGUCCUCAGGGAUGCUUGGAGUGUGACAGUGACAGCUUGUGCCACCUCUGUGACAGCACCACAUUUCUGAAGAAUAAGAUCUGUGUUUCUGCCUGUGGCCAGGGUUUCUAUGGCAAUACAUGGACCAGAGAGUGUGAAGAAGCCAGCAAGCAUCCCUCGAGCGUCCAUGUGAACAGUAGCCUCACAGUAGGAAUUGGUGGGGUAAAGCCCCUAGACCUGUCCUUACUGAGUGUGUGCGGUCUGGGUGGUGACACAGGACAGCUCUUGUUCCGUAUCAACAGCACUCCCUCCAAUGGCAGGCUGGUGAUGGUGGUGAGGGGGGAAGAGGUGCAGCUGAGCAAAGGUGACCGCUUCAGCUGCAAGGAUGUGGAGGAAAAGAGAGUUCGCUUUGUGCACAGCAAAGAGAAAUCCAGGAAAGGACAGUUUUCCUUGAAGGUCAGUGAUCAACAGUUCUUCUCCCAUCCUGAGGUGGUCAACAUUCAAGCAUUUUCAACACAGGCCCCGUAUGUGUUCAGGAAUGAGGCCCUCCUUGUCCACAGAGGGGAAAUUGGAACUGUAACAGAGGAGUUGCUUUGUGUGAGAGACAGCGACAAUCCUCAGGACGUUGUGCUGAUGGUUUUAGAGCCUCCACAUCACGGGCAGCUGAUCAAAUCUCCUGGGUAUUUGGCUUCUGCAGUUGACAUGUUCCACCUGGAUGACCUUGCCAGCGGACUGCUGCGUUACGCUCACGAUGGCUCUGACACCCGGGAUGAUGCGAUUAUUUUGCAAGUCAGCGAUGGGUACCACUUCCAGAACAUCCUGUUCCACAUUAAGAUUGUUCCCAAGAAUAACAGAAGCCCUCAGCUGGUGACCAAUUCCCUGGUGUGGGUUCCCCAGGGAGGCAUGCUACAAAUCUCCAAGACAAUACUGCAUGCUGAGCUGCCUGGUGUCCGUGACUCCGAGAUAACUUACACCAUCAUCAAGGGCCAGCCAAGACAUG